CAUUUCAGACCCUCCGAAAUGAAUGCCAUGUUGUUCGUCGCUGCCCUCGUGCUGGGCUUGGCCUGUGCAGCCCCGAGCAGAGAGAAAAGGCAGAUCCAGAACUGUGUAGAUCCCUUUAGAAACGUCCCGUCCCCCUGCCAGAACAACCCGACGAACCAGGUGUAUUUCCCUCACCCCACCGACAACUCGAAAUUCCUGCAGUGUGACGUCUACGACCGUAUGUACAUCAUACAGUGCCCGGUCGGCGAAGUUUUCGACGCCACACUGACCGCUUGCCGACCAAGGACCGCGACGGUGACCACCGCCCCCUUCAGGCCACCCAUCUACACCGCGGCUCCCAUCACUCAGGCUCCAGCCACCAACAACCCAUGCACAGCCACAGCUAUCUCCCGUGGUCAGGUCUACUUUGCCAUUGCCACUGAUAAGAACAAGUUCAUCGAGUGUGACUUGGCUGGCAACCCCAACGUUCUGGCCUGCCCAACCGGCCUGUUCUGGGAGCAGGGUCUUCUUUCUUGCGUCUACCCUCUCAAUGCCGGUGGUGCCGCCCCACUGAACCCAGUGAGCACUCUGACCGGCUCAGUGACCAAUCCUUGCAACGCUCAGGCCAUCAAUAGCGGCCAUUUCUUUUUCCCUCAUCCCAACCCGGCCAAGUUCAUCCAGUGUGACCUCUGGGGUCAGGUGUUUGAGGUGGACUGUCCUGCCGGUCUGCUCUGGAACGCCUACCAGGAGACCUGCUACAGCCCAUCCCCCAUCUCCGGGUAGACAGGGACGGAAUGUAGCGCUCCCCAUCCAGCCCAGUGGCUGGUGAAACUUUACAGGGAACACACAACUAAACUAAGGAUUCCCACCGUACGAAAGAACAUCUUCUGUGCUGUUUGAGUAAAGAGAAACACAUCAAACAAUAAUAAGAACAUCUGCUGUGUUGUUUGAGUAAAGAGAAACACAUUAAAACGAUAAUGGUCUUUAAUUAAGUGCUGGGAAAAAGUAAGACAGACGGAAAAGCGAAGCACAUCAAAACGAUAAUGAUCUUUUAAUGCAGGGAAUAGACAGACAGAGACAACAGAGGGAAAGUAAAGAAGUAGGAACUGUUCCUACCAGUGGCACUCUCCAACUACCCCCACGACAGGACAAAAUUACUUUGAAUUAUCUGAUAACUUUCCAGAGAUCUCAAUGCUCGGGGUUUUACUCGAUGCAUAUUUCAAAAUGUAGACAUUAAUUUAAGAAGCUCACACACCCGUGUACAUUCAUUUCUUGAUUUUUCCAGAUGUCGCAUAGCUGGCUUUUGUGUGAAUUGGAAUAUUGACAUAAUUUGGUAAAAUGUUAGCCCUUUAAAUAAAUUUCCUGGUAACUGUGCACUGGGAUUGUCGUAAAUUUUAGAAUAAGAUUGCAGCCAUACCUUCUGCGUGUAAUGGAACUUCAUGAGAUAAAAGUUACAAGGAAACACCUCGCAAAAGUAAUUAGUUGCAUUGGACCCUACCCCGGGAGCACCACACUUCAUACGUGGCCUACAACGAUGUUAUCUCCACUAUUACCUUUUUACAGGCCAACAACUUGAUAUGAAUUUUUGAUUGAAUGAAUAAAAAUUGGAUGCAUGACGUUGAACAAAUGAAA